AUGACCCGAACAAAAGUAUUGAACCCAAGAACUGAAGAGGCAAUCUCAAUUUGGGAAAAAGGUGUCUCGAAGGAGAAAGAUGGUUCUAUGUCGGAUGCAAUUAACUUUUAUAGAAGAGCUCUGAAAUUAGAUGAGAAUGUUGAGAAGAUUUAUAGAAAGAAACUGUAUGACGAAUGGAAUGCUCUAAUGCAAAUGAAAAAAUUGUCCCUUUCCUCAAGUGAGGAAACUGAAAUUAAGGUUGCAAAAAUGGAAGAACUGGAGGACAUUGAAGAUGUCGACGAGUCAAUAUUGCCUUGUUGGAUACUGGAUAUGUUGCCCAAUGAUAUAUUGCUUAAGAUUGUUGGGCAUGUGGUGUUUCUAUCCGGUGAGUCUUGGGUCAACUUAUCGUUAACCUGUUCAAGAUUCAACGAUCUCUGCUUUCGUACUUCAACACCUUAUAAGGCAUUCAAGGACUAUAUAUAUCCUAAACAAGUUUACGAUAAUGAGGCAAUGUAUCUGAAUGGCAUUAGUACUUUUUCCGUUCUUGAAAAGGAACUGUGGGGUGAUGACUAUGCAAAGAUGAUCAAAGAUCGUCCAUUUAUCAAGUUUGAGGGUGUGUACAUUAGUGUCGUGAAUUAUUUGAGAUACGGUUCAAAUGAAGAAGGGUCUUUCACUUUAUUGAAUCCGAUCCAAAUGAUAACAUAUUAUAGAUAUUAUAGAUUUUACGAAGAUGGUAAAGUUUUAAGAUUGCUAACCACAGAUGAACCGCAACAGAUCGUUAAAACUUUUUCAAGAGAAACUCAACCUCGUGAAGCAGAUCUAUGUAGCUGGAAUAUUGGUUUUGAUAAUAAUUUUGGAAGGCUACAAGUAUCGAGAUCCAAUGACAAAUAUAUAUUUGUUGAGACAUUAGAAAUCAAAAAUCAAGGUCAUAGGAUACAUCAUCGACUCAAAUGGAUAAGUUCCACAGUUGAAGAUAAUGAAGGGCAUGUCUCAGAAUGUUCGUUAAAGAAUGAAAAGGCUUUUUUCUUUUCUAGAGUCAAAUCUUUUGCAACUAAAGAUUCCUGA